UUUGGGAAAAGACACCACUGGCACGCGGCUGCGCUGGGCUUAGACUGCACUUGGUCAUUUCCCUCAGCGCGAACCCCUGCUCCCUCUCGUGUGCGCUGCCACCGGGCACGCGGCCCCUAGCGCUUGGAGGAGGGACCAGCGCAGGGGCGGAGAGAGCAGGGGUGCUCCAGUGCCGAGGCGCCCUCUCGGGAGCCCGGGAAAUCCCGGCUGCCACCGGGGGCCUGCCACCGCCCUCGCAGUACCCAGGCUUCCGGCGCGUCCUCAACUUUGUGGCGCCCCCAGACAGCGGCGGCCAAGAUGGAUCUGCCUUCCAGCGGCCGGGCGCUGCUGGACUCGCCGCUGGACAGCGACUCCCUAGCCUCCCUGGACUCCAGCGUGUUUUGCAGCGACGGGGAGGGGGAGCCCCUGGCGCUCGGGGACUGCUUCACGGUCAACGUGGGCGGCAGCCGCUUCGUGCUCUCGCAGCAGGCGCUGUCCUGCUUCCCGCACACGCGCCUGGGCAAGCUGGCCGUAGUGGUGGCUUCCUAUCGCCGCCCUGGGGCCCUGGCCGCCGCGCCCAGCCCGCUGGAGCUCUGCGACGAUGCCAACCCGGUGGACAACGAGUACUUCUUCGACCGCAGCUCUCAGGCGUUCCGCUACGUCCUGCACUACUACCGCACCGGCCGCCUGCACGUCAUGGAGCAGCUGUGCGCGCUCUCCUUCCUCCAGGAGAUUCAGUACUGGGGCAUCGAUGAGCUCAGCAUCGACUCCUGCUGCAGAGACAGAUACUUCAGAAGAAAGGAGCUGAGUGAAACUUUAGACUUUAAGAAGGACACAGAAGACCAGGAAAGUCAACAUGAGAGUGAACAGGACUUCUCACAAGGAUCUUGUCCCACUGUCCGCCAGAAGCUCUGGAAUAUUCUGGAGAAACCUGGGUCUUCCACAGCUGCCCGAAUCUUUGGGGUCAUCUCCAUUAUCUUCGUGGUGGUGUCCAUCAUCAACAUGGCCCUGAUGUCGGCGGAGUUAAGCUGGUUGGACCUGCAGCUGCUGGAAAUCCUGGAGUAUGUGUGCAUUAGCUGGUUCACCGGGGAGUUUGUCCUGCGCUUCCUGUGCGUGCGGGACAGGUGCCGCUUCCUGAGAAAAGUGCCAAACAUCAUAGACCUCCUAGCCAUCUUGCCCUUCUACAUCACUCUUCUGGUCGAGAGCCUGAGCGGGAGCCAGACCACACAGGAACUGGAAAACGUGGGGCGCCUUGUCCAGGUUUUGAGGUUGCUCAGGGCGCUGCGCAUGCUAAAGCUGGGCAGACACUCCACAGGGUUACGCUCACUUGGGAUGACAAUCACCCAGUGUUAUGAAGAAGUCGGCCUACUGCUCCUAUUUCUUUCUGUGGGAAUUUCUAUAUUUUCAACUGUAGAAUACUUUGCUGAACAAAGCAUUCCUGACACAACCUUCACAAGUGUCCCUUGUGCAUGGUGGUGGGCCACAACCUCUAUGACUACUGUGGGCUAUGGGGACAUUAGACCAGACACCACCACAGGCAAGAUUGUGGCCUUCAUGUGUAUAUUAUCGGGAAUCCUUGUCUUGGCCUUGCCUAUUGCUAUUAUUAAUGAUCGCUUCUCUGCUUGCUACUUCACCUUGAAACUCAAGGAAGCAGCUGUUAGACAGCGUGAAGCUCUAAAGAAGCUUACCAAGAAUAUAGCCACUGACUCAUAUAUCAGCGUUAACUUAAGGGAUGUCUAUGCCCGGAGUAUCAUGGAGAUGCUUCGAUUAAAAGGUAGAGAAAGAGCAAGUACGAGAAGCAGUGGGGGAGAUGACUUCUGGUUUUAAAUUCAUUUUCAAUGUAUUUACAAAAGGUGUGUGUAAUUAAUUUGAUUGAAAAAAACCUUGAUGUGGAUGUCUGUAUUCUGAUGAACCUCUUUGAAGCACUAUUUGUCUUAAUUUUUGCUGAUACAUUGCUUGGUCUACUAGACUAUUUCGCAUCCUCUAUAAAAACUACACAUUAUUCUGACACAUUGAGUCUCAAAAAUAGCCAAAUUAAUAUAACCAAAUGCAACUAGGUCAAUAUAAACAUGACUGAAUUGUCAAAUAUGAAAUAAUAUCAUUGCAAUACAUACAACAAAGUUAAAGCUUUUGUGUACUACUAAUUUUAGAAGUUUUUUGCACCACUUAUUUUUUUAAUGGCAGUUAAGCUGCAUUGCCCAGAUAAAAGACAAGUGAACAUUUAAGAAACACUGAACAACUUUGCUAUUUAAGGAUAUUCUUCAAGUGUACAAAUUACUCCUUUCCCCAUCAGUUAAAGUUGUUGAAUAUAACAAUUAGCUUUGCAAGAGAAAGACCUUAUUUGAAAGUCAGAGAUUGUGAUGAUUCUUUCUAGGGCAUAUCUCUGAUCACAAAUGAACUUAUCUCUGUAUCUCAUCAUUACUAUUGAAGGUGGGAAUCCCAAAACUGCUAGACUACAGUAGAUGAGUCUGUCCAAAGACUUUGAAAACUGCACAUCUUCAUUCUCCCAAAUAAGUGUAAUAUGUGAAGUAUAAAGCAGCAUAUUUCUAAGUACUUCAUGAAAACUAGAUGGUCUUUAAAAUGUCUCUUUAUGAAUGUAUUGUUCAAGUUAUGUCUUUAAAGUCAUGAGGAUGUAAAGGUGAAGUAGUGAAUAGUCCAAAUUUAUCAUUAAAAUUAUUAACAUUCUUAUUUCAUAAAAUGAAAAUGAUAUGUUGAAUGACACCACUAAAUGAACCCAAAGAUCUUUUGCUUGUUAGCAAAAAAAUAUUAUGGACAACUUUCUGACUGUUGAGGUAAAUACCAAAUGUUCAAAUUUUGACAGCUUUUGACACUCAUAAUAAUAAUAAAAUUCCCAGACAUUUUGUUAUAUAAUUAAAGCCAAGAACCUAAAGCUAAGAAUUAGCUCAUGAUUCCCAAUGUUUUAAUAAAUGAGAUUCUAAAAACUAAGAAUAAAAAGAAAUGGAUCACUUUAAUACCUGCAUUUUCAAUGAGUGUAACAGAACCUCCAAGGGAAGAAAAUUUGGGUUCUUGAGGAAAAAACCUUUACUCUUCUUACAUAUAAAACACAGAUGCAUAUUUAGUGCACACGCAUAUAUAUAGCAUAUCUGUGUUAUUAAAAUUUUAUGGAGUGGAAAUUAGAAAAAAAAAGGACAGAAGGCUCUUUGCCAGGGGUGAAUGAUGUUAUGAAACAUUGAGAAACACUGCUUUCAUAUAUGGUUAUAACAUAUUUUAUCAAUUCUGUUUAAGAUAUUGUUACAUUAUGAACUACCAAGAAAGAAAGAAAGGUGCCAGUGAAUUGUAAGAUGCAAUUUACUAUAACAUGCAUCUGGAUUUCAGAUAUGUAAAAAUUCAAAAUAAGUAUCUUAAAAAUCAAUGAAAUAUCACAUGUACUACCUCUUGUUUUCUGGUAUGCAUGCUUAAGCUCUGAAAACAUUUUCACUGAUGGCAUGAGUUUUAGAUUGUGUGCUAAAGUACUUUAAUCUAUUGACUUGUUUCCAUUUCUCCUAAAUAUUAUGAAAGAUUUAGGAGAUAUAAUAAAAUAAAUAUUUUCUUUUUUACACACAUACAUGGGUACUAGAUGAUGGCACAAGACCACUAGUCUUAGUUCAAAUUCCACUCACAAGCUGAAGAAGAAGUAGAGGUUAGACAUGGAAGGCAAGCGUUCUCUGACUUUUCUAGAACUUUCCCUAAUAACAAUAGUUACUCUGAUCCAGAACUAUGCUCUGAACUCAUCAUAUAUCAUUGUCUCCUCAAAAAAACUCUAUUAUAUAAUUACUAUUCUUAUAUAAACAUUCUUAAAUAAACAUUUUAUAUUUACUAAUUCAACAAAUAUUUAUUAAGGACCUUUCUAUAUAUUAGACCCUAGAGAAUCUUUGUUAAACAAAACCAGGUCCUGUUCUCUUGUAUUUAAUAUACUACUUGAGGCUCUGAAGGGAAGAUCAGCUACAAAAUUGAGACAUUAAAAGUCAUAAACUUGCCUAAUUUCACACAACCUGUGGAUGGCAGAGCCAGGACUGAAAAACAACCUGCCUGACCCCAAAAAUUCUAUAGAUUUUAUUCUUCCCACACAACCUGUGUGUAGGGAUUUAUUUUGUAAACAGGCAAGCCAACUUUUUGGGCUUGGAGAGGUUUGAUAUGCCUUAAGUAAAAUAUCAGCUUAUUCUCAGAGAUGAAAUGGUGCUUUUAAGGAACAGUUUAAGGUGACACUUUAUAGUCAUUACUAGAUAAGAAAUAUAUCAUCUUUAGAAUAAAUAAUAGUUGGAAAACUAAAAACCGUAACUAUGUAUAGUAUAUAUAAACUGUGUGUAUGUAUAUAUGUAUUUUUUAAUCAGAGAGGAUUCUAAACACAUUCUCCACAAAUGUGAUAUGUUAGCUGUACAGAUGUCAAGAUAUAGACGUUUCAAAAGAAAUUUUACAGCACCAUUGUUUAGUCAUCUUUAUGGUUAUAUAAAAUGUUAGUGCACUUAUUCAACAGAUGUUGAAUAAGCAAAACAAAUUUAGUUUAAGUAACAGGUCAAGGCAGGAACUCUGCUAAUUUUAUAUUUCAUCGUUUUAAAAACAUUGGAUAUUUUUAUAAUCUAAGAAUUAUUAUUAUAAAAAUAUUUAAAUAGUUUAGCAAUAUAACAUAAUAAAAUUAUUGUCUUUCUCUAAGCUAUUUAAAGAACACUAAUCAGAAGCAUUUAAAUACACAUAGGCCAUGCUUGAGUACCAUAAAGGACAAUUUUAAGAAACCACUGAGGUAUCUCUAAUAAGAGUAACAUAAUAGUUAUAUUUUAUUGAGUUUUUUCAUAUAGUGUGUGUAUACAAGGAAUUGUUGCAUUAAGUAUAAUCAAUGUUAUGUACAAAAGAGUUAACUAAGGUAGAUAUUUUAGUUGUGUGUUUCAAUGUGAAGUUCUUACUCUGAUUAAAAUCUUUAACUAGCUGUUGCAAAAAAUAUAUCUUCUGACCCAA